CAAGGCUCUCACACUGCCAAGGAAGAGUGCACCUGUGUACAGUUACAUAGCAGGCAGGGCAACUGCACCUGAGAUACUGUUAGGAUCUAACCGUGGUACCUCUUGACAAGGAAUGUGCUGUGCGAUUGUGGAUUAAAACAUAGGAUUUGCCAGAGUACUCCUGUUUCAGAUUUUAAGGAAGAAGAUAAGUGAUUCAAAAUGAGCUCUUCUUCGCCUCGAUUGAAUGGGGUUGGGAAGCCAAAUGCCAAAUCAAUAUAUGAACAAAGGAAGAAAUAUUCAAAUGUCAUCAUGGCUGAUGUUUCACACUACCAAGUAAAUCAUUUGGUAACAUUCACAAUUGAUGAAGAUGAUGAUGUGCAUACAGUGGAAGACGCCAUCCGCAAACUUAAUGCAAUGGAUGCUAAGGGCAAAGUCUGGGUACAGGAGAUGUUGCUACAAGUAAACAGUUCAUCUGUUCAGCUUCUUGAUGCGGAGUCCAAGGAGGAGCUGGAAUUAUUUUUCCUGUCUGCCAUUCAGCGCUGUGACACAGUCCUACCAGAGAAGAGGACACGCAGUCUGUUGGUCUUGGUGUGCCAGGACACUUACCAGCAAAAAGCUGAUGUCCACUUUUUCCAAUGUGAUGAUGUUGGGGCGGAGUUAAUUAAAGAAGAUAUUAAUAGCGCAGUAUCUGAUUAUAAAACUGGGGACAAUUCGAAAAGGCCUGAAGCGCUAAGGAAUAACCAAGAGAAGAUUAGUCAGCAGAAAACUACUGGUUCUUACUCAUUUACCCCAAUGAACUCGGUUAAGCAGCCCCAGAUACUUGUGAAUCCAGCAGAUAUUCUAGAAAGAGAGAAUCAGCGCAGGACACAGGUGAAGAAGCCACCUCGUACGUCACUGAUCCCAGAAGUCAUUAUCGCACCAUCUGCGCAAAUACAGCAGACAAUUAAUACACCACAGAACUUACCGGAUGAGCUAUAUAGCCAGGUGCAACGACCUGACAAAAUACAGCAAAUACUGCAGAUUACUGACAGUCCACAGAUGCAGCAGAAACAGCUAAACAACUCUACAAGCCAGAGUACUGUGGAAGCGCAGGAUCCCAUGUCUAUGCGAGCUGGAAGAGAAGUGGAGCUGCUGAACCACUGCUUUGAUGAUAUUGAGUACUUUAUGGGUAAUUUGCAGAAAUCAGCUGAAGCUUUUAAAGUCCUCGACCAAAGAAAAAAAUCAAGAAGAUCAAAGAAAAAAGAAGCUGGAGAGGGACUGCUGACACUUCGGGCAAAACCCCCAAAAAUAGAAGAAUUUGAGGAAGCCGCAAGAAAAUUCAAAUACAGUUUUUGUCUGCUGGCAAGGCUUAAAAAUAACAUUGUAAAUCCCAGCUCAGUGGAACUAAUUCACUUCCUGUUUGGCCCACUAAAAACGCUGGUGGACAGUACAGGUGUGGAACUUGCUGCUGACAUAACAAGCCCAAUGCUUACUAAAGAGGCUGUGACUCUACUGAAAGAAUGCUUAGAUGAAAAGGAAACAGAAUUAUGGACCUCCCUGGGACCAAACUGGACAAAACCAAGGCUGGAGUUCCCCAGGGAUUCUACACAACUAUACACGCCAAAUUUUAGGAGCGGAUGGGUACCUAAUAAUAACAAUGGGCAGGCCUGGGAGGAUCCUAUUGAGCUUCAGCAUCGUCAUGAAGAGCUGAGGUCUCAGCAAUCUGGUCCUCAAGUUCACCAGCCAACACCUCCCCCAUCACUCAAUGGUCAUCAAGAGACCAACAGCAAGUGUGUGUCCUGCGCAUAUGAUUUUGUUGCAAGAAACAGCAGUGAACUGUCUGUAUUACAAGGAGAAGUGUUGGAGGUUAUUGAUGACUCCAAGAAAUGGUGGAAAGUACAGAAUCGCUUUGGACAAAUUGGUUACGUUCCUUAUAACAUUCUUGGCCCUGUCACUGUCGCAGAUUUUGACAAAGCAAAACAAAAUGGUUUCCAAAGCUCAAGCUCAGCCAAGAAAUCACAACCACCUCCAACUCCUCCCAAAAAGCCAAAACAUUUAAGCUUAAUAAUGCAGUCUGACAUUGAAGAUGGAACAAAUAUGGAACAGACUACAGAGCAUGAAAAAUUUGAUAGAAUUAACAGCAUGAAUGAGGAACUGCUGCUCAGACUGGCGCAAGGACGCACUGCACCUCAGAAGAGCCUCCACAUACAAAGAUUGCCAGAUACAUCAAUUCCCCUGACUGAUGAGUCAAACAAUUCCGAAGUCAAAGCAUGGCUGCAGGCAAAGGGGUUUGGCACAGUGACAGUGAAAUCUCUAGGCAUUUUGAAUGGAGCACAACUCUUUUCCCUCAGGAAAGAUGAAUUUAAGGCCGUGAGUCCUGAAGAGGGAGCCAGAGUAUACAGUCAAGUUAUGGUGCAGAAAUCGCUACUCGAGGAUUCAAAGAAAACCUCAGAGCUUGAGGCAGUGAUGGAAAGACAGAAGAGAAAGGUUGACACUGAAAUGAAAAAAGGCAGCCUUUAAAAGGGACGUAAUUACUUGGACUUCAAAACUGAUUAUAUUUAAAUUAUACCAAAGAAUAGAUACAUAUAAUAUAUAUAAACUUAUCUCAAAAUAUUAUUAUCCAAAAGCCAAGUCCCUGGAAGUUGUUUUUUACAACACAAGAAUCCAUGAUUGCAUUUGCAAAGAUUGGUUACUUAAGAUGAUCAAAAUGAGAGACUUGUUGGAUACUCCGGAAGACAUGAAAUGCAAUCACUUAACUUGACAUUGAACAAAUACCCUUGGUACCGAGGAUCUGAGCUUACUACAAGGAGAUAACUUAGUCACCCAUGCCAGUGUUUCCUCUAUCUAAAGGCUGACAGGGGACUGGUGACAGUUGGAGUUACAGUGUUUUAAUAUAUACUAUAUGGGUUUGUAAAAAAAAUCAUUUUAUUUGGUGUAAAGCUGUAAUUAAUACAGGUUUCUAGAUGCCAUACUAUUAAGCUCUAUUUUUUUUUUUUUUUUUAACAUUUUGGAAAGUUGUUAUAUUUCUUUGGGAACUCUACACAUUUGUUACUAUAUUUUUGUGCUUAAACCUUAGAUGAAAAAUGAUAGAACACACACACACACAUAUAUAUAUAAUUUUGUAAUAUGUGACUUUGUGUGUGUAUGUAUGUGUGUAUAUAUAUAUAUAUAUAUAUAUAUAUAUAUAUAUAUAUAUAUAUAUAUAGAUAUAUAUAUUUUUUCACACUUUAGACUACUCUUUUAGUCACUUUUGAUUGUUAGUAACUAAUAGCAUGCACCACAGUCAUUAUUAAAGGGAAAUGAAACCCAUUUUCUUCUUUCUUUCGUGUUUCAAAAAGAGCAUGCCGUUUUAAGCAACUUUCAAAUUGACUUCUAUUAUUUAAUUUGUUUCGUUCUCUUGCUAUCCUUUGUUGAAAAGUAUACCUAGGUAGGCUCAUGAGCUGCUGAUUGGGGCUGCACAUAUAUUCCUCAUGCUAUUGGCUCACCCAUGUGCAUUGCUGUUUCCUCAAUAAAAGAUACCAAGAAUAUUAAACAAAGGUUUAUCUAGGCAAGCUCAGGAGCAGCAGAGAACCUAGGUUCUAGCUGUUGAUUGGUGGCUGCAUAUAUAUAGCAAUUGGGAUUGGCUCAACCAUGUGUCCAGUUAGAAACCAUUAGUGCAGUGCUGCUCCUUCAAAAAAUGGAUACCAAGAGAAUGAAACAAAUUAGAUAAUAGGAGUAAAUUUGAAAGUGGUUUAAAGUUUUAUAUGCUCUAUAUCAUGAAAAAUGGGUUUCAUGUCCCUUUAAAUUGAAUUAAAAAUAAAACUUGUGCUAUCUAAAAUAGAUGUAUAUCUUUAUGUACAUCCAAACAAAUUAUGUGACUUUUCUCCACAUAAAUCUGGAGCAGGGCACCCUGGGUAAGCAUAUGUAAAUACAGUUCACAGUGCAGACAGUAAAUGAGUGCAUGUAGUGCCAAUUUCAGUGUUGAAAAAGGGCUAAAAGAAGCCUUAAAUGGAUUUUAGAAAAUGGGUUGUCUGAGGAUUUCUGUGGAAAAAAGUCACCUUUUUAUCAAAGAUAUGCUACACAAUUAUUUAUAUAACAAAAUACUACUAAUGGUGGAGGUUUUUGUUCUCUCACCUUUUUAUUCACCAGUAUAUUGAUGAAGGGUUUACACACACAAACACACAUAUAUACUCACACACAUACACACGUAUACACACACAUGUACACAUAUACAUGCACAUACGUAUACACACAUGUACACAUACACACACACACACACACAUAUACACUCACAAUUAUAUACACACACACCUAUACCCACACACAUACACUCACACAGAUAUACAUAUACACAAACACACAUACACACACCUAUACACAUGCGCGCGCACACACACACACACCUACCUAUACACACACACCUAUACACACACACAUAUACACUCACACAGAUAUACAUAUACACACACCUAUACACAUGCGCGCGCGCGCACACACACACACACACACCUACCUAUACACACACACAUAUACACUCACACAGAUAUACAUAUACACACAGAUAUACAUAUACAUACACACACAGAUAUACAUAUACAUACACACACAGAUAUACAUAUACACACACACACAGAUAUACAUAUAUACAAACACACCUAUACACAUGCAAACACAUAUACACUCACACAGAUAUACAUAUACACAUACACACACCUAUACACACGUACACUCACACAGAUAUACAUAUACACAAACACACCUAUACACAUGCGCGCGCACAUACACACCUACCUAUACACACACACCUAUACACUCACACAGAUAUACAUAUACACACACCUAUACACAUGCACGCACACACACACCUAUACACACACAUACCUAUAUACAUACACUCACACAGAUAUACAUUCACACACACACACACACACACACACACACAGAUAUACAUAUACACAAACACACAUAUACACACAUGUUAUAGUGUUGCAAGAUCUGUCCAGUUUAGUGCAGGCUUUUCUGACAGAAAAUGGUCAGUGCCAAUUAUCUGAAUAUAUGUUAUUGUUUGUUUGUAUGUUGAUUGUUGAACUAUUUCUCAUUUUCUAUUUAAAUGACUGUCUGUAUAAUUCCCUAUUUAAAUGCUUAAUGCAAAAUUAAAGUGCUCAGUUUUGGGCUGUAUAUUUCUA